CAAUAAACUACCGCAACCACUUGAGCCAUGUGAUCUCUCCCAUGGCUUCUCCAUUUCUUUGUACACUUUCCCUUAGCUCCAAACUCAACUAACCCAUUUUCCUUCUUCCCAUAGUUCUCUUUCUCAACUUCUCUGUGUUGUAUACUUUUUCCCUUGUUUGAUUCGGAGAAUGCCCGACAGAAAUGGAGCUCCAAAUUCAAACCCUAACAAGGCGGAGAGACCUCCGUUACUCAAGAAAUCCAAAACCAUCUCAGACAAGACACCCCACUUCCCUGGCCCACUUUUCCCCGCUGUUCGCCGUGUCUCUUUCACUCCCCCAUCCUCCUCUGAAUCUCAUACCUCCACUUCCACUAAUGAUCCCAAUUUUGGAUUUGGCGAUCGUGACUAUGUUUAUCCCUCUUUUCUUGGACCCCAUACUGCUAGAACCAGAGUCAACAUCAAGUCAGCUUCCAAAUCAAAAUUACCGGCCAAUUUGAGGGUGGAGUCGAAGAUAAAGCCGAAGGCGAAGCUGAAACCUGAGAAAGAUUUGAAUGCUUUGUCUAUUCAAGUCUCUAAUCCAGCUUUAUCAGGGCUCACUUCAGCUAACUCUUCCAAUGCUCGAAGACCUUCUUCUGGGCAUACCUAUUCCUGGAUCCUUUUUUUGCUUAAGUUUGUGUGUACAUUAUCUGUAUCUCACACAUUAUAUUUGCGGAAUGAAGUCUCUAAGCUUCAGGAGGAGAAUAUUAGUCUUCGUAGAGUUUGUAGCCAUGUUGAUCUUGCCAGCGCUGGUAUCAUGGAGUUUGAAGAAGUUAGUUCAUUAGUGUAUUUUGGUAAUGCUGACAGUAGAACAAUUGCUCUGUACAUGGUGGUUUUCAUCCUCGUUAUUCCUUUUGUAUUGUACAAAUAUCUUGACUAUCUACCGAGAAUAAUUGAUCUCUUGAAGAGGAAAUAUACCUCAAAGGAGGAGGUUCCACUGAAGAAAAGGAUUGCUUACAUGGUGGAUGUGUGUUUCUCAGUUUACCCUUAUGCAAAGCUGCUUGCACUUCUCUUUGCCACUCUCUUUCUAAUUGGAUAUGGAGGAUUGGCACUUUAUGCUGUUGGUGAUGGCAGCUUUACUGAAGCUAUUUGGCUGUCUUGGAGCUUCGUAGCAGACUCUGGAAACCAUGCUGAUAUGGUUGGUGCAGGGCCAAGGAUAGUUUCAGUUCUGAUAAGCUCAGGAGGCAUGCUUAUAUUUGCUAUGAUGCUGGGGCUUGUUUCAGAUGCUAUUUCAGAAAAAGUGGAUUCUUUAAGGAAAGGAAAGAGUGAAGUGAUUGAAAGUAAUCACAUUCUUGUUCUUGGAUGGAGUGAUAAAUUGGGGUCACUUUUGAAGCAGCUAGCAAUAGCUAACAAGAGCAUUGGUGGUGGUGUUGUCGUUGUUCUUGCGGAAAGAGACAAGGAGGAGAUGGAGAUGGACAUAGCAAAGUUAGAAUUUGAUUUCAUGGGAACUUCAGUUAUCUGCAGAAGUGGCAGUCCGCUAAUACUUGCUGAUUUGAAAAAGGUGUCAGUCUCGAAAGCACGUGCAAUCAUUGUCCUAGCAUCUGAUGAGAAUGCUGAUCAGAGUGAUGCACGUGCUCUAAGGGUUGUACUUAGUCUAACUGGAGUAAGAGAGGGAUUGAGAGGUCAUGUUGUUGUGGAGAUGAGUGAUCUCGACAACGAACCGUUAGUGAAGCUUGUUGGGGGUGAACUCAUUGAAACGGUUGUUGCGCAUGAUGUGAUUGGGAGGUUGAUGAUACAAUGUGCUUUGCAGCCUGGCCUUGCUCAGAUUUGGGAAGACAUUUUGGGGUUUGAAAAUGCAGAAUUUUACAUUAAACGGUGGCCUCAAUUGGAUGGUGCACCCUUUGAAAAUAUACUGGUAUCAUUUCCGGAGGCAAUUCCUUGCGGAGUUAAGGUUGCUGCUGAUGGCGGCAAGAUUAUCAUAAAUCCUGAUGAUAGAUAUGUUCUAAAAGAAGGUGAUGAAAUCCUUGUCAUAGCUGAGGAUGAUGAUACCUAUGCACCAGGUCUCUUACCAGAGGUAAAUAAAGGCCUAUUCCCUAGGAUAACCGAUCCUCCAAAAUAUCCAGAAAGAAUCUUAUUCUGUGGCUGGAGACGUGAUAUUGAUGAUAUGAUUAUGGUACUAGAGGCAUUAUUGGCUCCAGGGUCUGAAUUGUGGAUGUUUAAUGAGGUUCCCGAGAAAGAUAGAGAAAGGAAGUUGACUGACGGGGGCCUUGAUAUAUCAGGACUGGAGAACAUAAAACUUGUCCAUCAUGUGGGAAAUGCAGUAAUUAGGCGUCAUUUAGAGGGUCUUCCUCUGGAGACAUUUGAUUCGAUUCUGAUUCUUGCAGAUGAAUCUGUCGAAGACUCCAUUGUUCACUCUGAUUCACGGUCUCUUGCCACCCUCCUCCUCAUCCGAGAUAUCCAGUCGAAGCGUCUUCCUAAUAAAGAUUCUAGGUCGAUUCCUCUACGGCAUUCGGUGUUUUCUCAGAGCUCCUGGAUUCGUGAAAUGCAGCAGGCUUCAGACAGAUCAAUAAUAAUAAGUGAGAUAUUGGACUCCAGGACAAGAAAUCUUGUGUCAGUCUCUAGAAUAAGUGAUUACGUGCUGUCAAAUGAACUGGUGAGCAUGGCACUUGCAAUGGUAGCAGAAGACAAACAGAUUAAUCGUGUGCUAGAAGAAUUGUUUGCCGAAGAGGGAAAUGAAUUAUGCAUCAAGCCAGCAGAGUUCUAUCUGUAUGACCAGGAAGAACUCUGCUUCUAUGAUAUCAUGAGAAGGGGUCGUCAAAGGCAGGAGAUAGUGAUUGGCUACCGCAUUGCAGCUGCAGAACGUGCUGUGAUUAACCCAGCAGGCAAGUCAAAGCAACGCAAGUGGUCCCUUGAUGAUGUUUUUGUGGUUAUUUCCUCAGGUGACUGAAAAAAUAAUCAGGAAAAUCUCACAUGCACCUGCUUUAUAUUAUCGGGCUUUGACAAGUUCGAUCAAACAUCUCAUAUUUCUCUCCAGACAAGCACUCACUAGAAAAGAGGCAAAUAAGGUAGCUCUAACUUCAACCAGCAGCUUAGGUAGAGAAUAAUAGGAAGAGGUUUUACUUUUUAGUAAGAGCUGGUUGGCAUAGUGGGAAAGGAGGGGAGAGCUCUUAGAACUGUUAAUUUUCUUUUUCUUUUUCUUUUUGUCUUUUAGAUAUUGCAAUACAAAUCAGAAAUGAAGAAUGAAAUCUUUCUCAUUUCAUGUAACAUUCCUAAAAACUAACAAGCUAGACCUUUGUAAAACAUAGCAUCAUUUAUGGUAUUAGUAUUUGUCUCUUUGACAUCA